AUGUCCGGAGCAGAGGUCAUCGCUGUAGUCGCUUGUGUUGCAGCUGUUGUCUCCGCUUACAGCGAUGGCGCGAAGCUAUUCAACGCAGUUAAGAAGAAGAGGGAUCGCCGUCGACAGUCAAAUGAGACCACAGUGGCCGAUCUCGAAUGCUCCUUGGCGCUGGGGCAAACCGAGAUCCUCACACAUUGGAACAUUCAUGCAGCGCAGCUGGGUAGGAGGUACGAGGAAGGAGAUGAUAUAUCCCGUGAUCAAAUGAAGGAUAUUGUCAUUACACUGCAAGGAAUGCUCUUAACUCAUCUUCGUGCCUCCGUGGAGAAGAAUGCCAGUCUCAACAUGAUGUCCCUGCUCAUGGCUUCGAAUCAGGGCCGCGCCCGCACCAUCAUGGUUCUUCAUGAGCUUUAUGAGCGAAUCGCUCUGACCAGCCCAGCUCCCUAUCCGAUGCCUACCUCCCGUCCUUCCCUCGACCCUCUUUCUAGUCUUGCCCAUCACAUGCAAUUUUAUAAUGGCAAAGAUCUUUCACAGACAUCCGCACCGAAAGGCUGGCCUAUUCCCUCCAUUACUCCCCCCAAGCCGUCCACUGGUAGUUUCUUUCGGGAUACUAUGUCCGUUUCACCAAAGGAUAUGGCUGGGGCGUCUGACAGCUUCCGGGAGGUUUCCCCUUCACCUAAGCGCCACGAACGAAAGUCAUCAAGUAUUGGGACGACCAUGUCUUCUUGGUUCAAUAACAUGUCGAGGAACAGCAGCAAGUCUGAUGGGCCACCCAUGGAGCCGGAGGUGGACGUCGCAAAGCUAGCUAACACCACCGCCGCCUCUCCGCGGAAGAUGAAGAGGGACAAGCGCCGCCCCAGCCUCGAUCAAGAAGAAGUGAUCACAGGAGAUGAAGACCCAUUGUACUCGAACCCAUGGGCAGAUGAAUUGAAAUCCGACUCCGGAGUCGAAUUCGAGAGCGACCCCGGGUCAUCUGACGACGAAGCUAUCUUCACAAUGGCAGAAGAGUACCCUGAGCCACGAUCUCACCAAAAGACAUCCCUGGCAGGCUCAUUCCCAAACUGCCCAGAUUCAUUGCCUCAGCGCCCUGCAAUACCCCCCGGCCGUUCACACUCUCCUCCCCUACCACCCUCGGUAAUAUCUCAUGCCUCAGGAACCUCCGAUAUUUCGAGUCGAUCCACCGAAACUACUGUCUCAGACUCCCUACACAAUAAAAAUUUCUGGCCACCUCGGAAAGACAACCGCUAUUUGGGCUUCUGUAAAGGAGCGUGGAGCCUCAGUUCCGGAACAGGUACCUUCAAGCUCAUGACCGAGCCCUACGGAAUCUACGGCCGGAAAUUGCGCUGGCGCUGCCCAUCCUCGUCCUGCUUCUUUGGCAUGCCGCUCGCCGGACCCGUCGCGAGGCGCAAGGAUGCAGCCGUCGACCACUCCAUCCAUACGCAUGUCUCGACUGGGAUCCGGUACCGCUGGGCGUUCCUGGCGAAGAACCAUGUUCCGAAGCGGGAUGGCAUGUCGGUGAUUAUGGGCUUUGGGUGUGUCUUCUGUUGUGUGGAGCAUGAUACAGCUGCGCCGUUAUUCCCGUCUGUCGAUGAGUUUAUGCUUCAUCUGGUGUCUCAUCGGGGGGUUGAUCAUGACGGACUCUUGGCUCUGACGAAGUGUGUGGUCGGGCGCGUGGCUGAGGAUGGCGACGACUUUGAUAUCAACAUACCGCCGCUGCUAGUUGGUGGAGAAUGA